ACGUGCUGUGCGAGAGCCGUUAAGCGGCACCAGCGGCACUGUAGUCGUAGAGGUGGGGGUGGUAGAGAGCGUAGAGAGUAGAGAGAUAGAGAGACACAGUUGAGUGGUGGGGAACGGUGGUGGUGAGAGGUAGUGGGCGCUCACGAUCACUGCUCGGUGGUUUGCUGUCAACUGAGCGAUUAAUGGCCGUCAACCCAGAAUCUUUUACUGCUUGAGGCUUGGUAACAACGUAUUUUGUGGAACAGCAGCCACUUUCAAUUGCAGGUGAUGCGCCAUGGUGUGCAAAGAAGAAAUAUAUACAUGGUUUAGGCAGCUGAACGGAUCCGUAAGAAUAGACACAAUGUGUGGCUUACUUAACUUGUGCUUACCCUUGGAACUCCGCUUCCUGGGAACAUGCCUUGAAGAUUUGGCUAGCAAGGACUAUACCUUCUUCAGGGACGCUGAACAACGUGCAAAUAAUUUGUCUGAAGUGUCGAAGUGCACUGAUCUGAAGGACAGUGUGGCAAGGAGCAAGCUUAUUACUUCACUGGCCUUGUUGCAUUUGAUUAACAGCAGCUGUUCUCAUGCCAUUUACUUGGCCCUUGAGGAAGAGAUGAAAAGUGGCAGACCCGUUAACUACGAUGAGCAAACUCUUCAGGAAUUACUGCUACUAUUCACUAUGGCUAUGCGCCACCCGUCCUUUACUUUCUAUGAGCGUAUUGAAUUGGUGAAGUACUGUGAGACGUUGGAGAGAGCUCUUGAACCUCAGGACAUAACCCCGGGAUCCCCAGGUGGCUACAUUAUGCCAAUUAUGCCAUGUACUCCAUAUCCGGUGCCCUUAUUGCCUCCUUAUCAGGUGGCCAGUGAAGGUGCACCAUGCAUACAUGCUCAUUCCAAUGCUACAGCAACUCAAAAAUCUGGAAUCUCCACCAUAGAUGUGAUGACCGAAACCCGGCCCAAGAAGUCUGUAUGGCUGAGAAUUCACUGGCUGGACGGACGGCUAGAUGAGGUCACUCGUACGUUUGAAGAAAUUCAGGCCCUCUAUGCCAAGCUGUCCCAACUGAGUGCUGCAGACCCUUUGAGCAGAGGCAAGAACAUUCCACGGUUACCUGCUUGUGUAGAAAAGAAUGGAGAAUCUGAGGGGAUGCACCUUGAAUUGGCAGAGUUCUUCAGCAGCUCAGUGGCCAGUCUACCUGCCAGCUACCUGGGAAGUAAUGGAGUAGCACCCUUUUUCCAAACAACGCUGAAUAACAAAAGCUUCAUGGAAGGCAAAGAACAAUUUGUGCUGCCACCAGGCUCCUCAACUAGUCCCGAUGUCUCUGUCCCUCCUCCUGAGGACCCUCGGCUUUGCUUUGCCCUUUAUGGAAAUGCUCAAGUCCAUCCUAUGCCAAGCCAUCUCCCCUCAUGCCUCAGCAACGGGUCCCUUCUGCAGAGUACAACAGAUAGUGUAACACAGCCAUCAUUGGACAGAUGCAUCCAAGCAACUUCCCCAUUGUCAUCUGCCCCAGAGUCUCCUAUAGAGUCUCCUGCGACUUCUGGAAGCAAUUCUAGGGCCACAUCUCCUUGGACAGCCCCCCGUAGGCCCCCUCGUUCAUGGGUACCACAUCAGCAGGAUGGCACUGCCACUGGCGUGGAAGAAUUAUUGCGACGUCUCCAUCUGAAGAAAUAUCAAGACGCAUUCAAAAACUGCACUAUAGAAGAUGUCCUUUCAAUGAACGAGGAUGAUUUGAAGCAUAGAGGUCUUCUUAGUCAUUCAAUACGAAGGCUGCUCAAGGAGAUUGCUGUGCUAAAGAACCUGCCUCAUACCAAUGGUGUGGUGGGUAGCCACAGGAACAAUCACUCUGGGACCCUUGCACAAGUCCCCACAGACAGCUCCGCAUCCUGCUCAUCAGGAUGUUCAAGUCCUUCACCUCCCCCAGCCCUCAAAGAUUCACAAAUUCAGAGUUCUACAAGCUCCAGCUCUGAAGAGUGCACCCAGUCCAACAUCAAUGUUCGAAAAUGGCCCAGUUGCAAUGAUACUUUGAGCUCGAACCCCACUGGCCUGCCAGGUAGCCCUUCAGAGCCGCUGCUACGUCUUCCACCCCCGUCUGUGCUACAAUACAGGUUUGGGCCUCCUGCAGUGAUUGCAGACCACCAGCAUCCGCACCGCUAUAUGGUGCUAACAGAUCGUAGCCCUUCAUAUGCAUCACGCGCACCAUGUGGAGUGGUGAGGGGUGUUGGACACACGCCUGUUUUGCCUUCCAAAGUAGUUGCUGCAGGCGAACUAACACCAGUAACCACCACAGUGUCUGGAACAACAUCUUUCCCCCCACAUAUGUGUGGUGCAGUUGGAUAUGUUCCACACGGAAUGUUUCCCCAACACCAUCCUUUCAACCACUUUGUUACGCCUGGAGCGGGUUCUCCAAUGACUCCACAUCCCCCAAAUGGGUUUCUGCCAGGCUUUCCAUAUCCUACAAGUCCAGGGUUCACACCGGCAGCAUAUGUACAAAUUAGUAGCCUUAUGUCAGCUUCGCCUGUUGCUCCAGCUGCAUCAUCACCAUUGCCUGUACCAGGAGGGGCAUCUGGAACAGUGGGAACUACGGCACCUGCCUCCUGCUACAACUGUGGAAUGACUGGUCACAAGGGGCCUGACUGCAAGGAGCCCAGUGUCGAGGAGAGAAUGAGGUUAUACAAAUACAGAGUCAACUAUGCUGGCAACUCAGUCACAUCACCAGAUCCACCGCAACCCUGAGUAAGACAAGGUAAGGUUCCACAUGUGCCUGGCUGCCCUCCUACCAUGUAUAUAAGCAAAAGGAACCAAAUGGAUGCUCACAUGGAGUGCAAGGACAUGCAAAGGAAAGCUUGAUCCACUACCAACAGCAACCUUAUUUUGGUCCACAACCACUAGUGCUGCACGAUGUGGUUUCUCCGUACUCUGUGUCUCUGGUGACAUGCUGAACUGGCACUGUGGAACCAACGGCUUAGACUUGUAUGCUUUAGGAUAUGCAACUUCUGAUCACUUAUAGUUGGAAGAAACAUUUUGGGGGCACAAAGCAACACAUUGAAAUGGAAGGAUAAGCCAAAAGUUUAGCUGCAUCGAAAGAAGCCAAUAACUAGAAGCAAUAAAGUUUCUGGCUCAGAAAAUGCCAUAAGCCCAGUUAUGUAAUGGUGCAUGUCACAAAGAAAGUUGGGCAAAAAAAAGAGAAGAACUGGAAUGAUCUGUGAUGCUAAGGGAUUCAAGAUAACAAAUUAAGCGAUAUUGAAAGUCUCCAUGAUGCAUUUCCUUGUUUUGAUUGACAUGAAAUUGCUCUAUGCUGACAUAGCUUUUGCAAGUGCGGGGUCACUUUUGUAGCUGAUUGUGUGCCAAAACACAACAAAAGAUCUGAUAACUGCCUGGGCGAGUGGCUGAAAAUCCCACUGACAUGAAUACUAAGAGAUCUGAGCGAAGAUAGUAAUUGCAUUGUUGAAAACGUGUUGGUUGCAAAGGACAUGCCGCACAAUUGUUCUGAUGUGAAAACUAAAGGAUUUGUGCCAUUUUAUUUCUAUCGUAUUAUUAUUGUUCAUUUUGCACUUUUUAGAUGUUUAGACCAUACAACGAGGCAUUCUAUUUUUUAUGCUUAUGGGGUGUUGGUGGGCAAUUGAAUAAGUCUAGUCCUGUUUUUGUGCUGUAACAGUACUGGGAAUGGAAGAAAAAAAGCAAAACAUGGAGAUGUACUGUUUCACAUCAUAUUCACUUCUUUUGCUGUUUACCAGAGUCAUGGUCCAGCAUUCAAGCUUUUAGCCAUACUUGCAUGUCGUUUACAUUGAAUUUUACUAGAGUAAGAAUUGUUUUAGAAGCUACGUGUGGCAAUUGAUUCCCAUAUGCUGUACUGUUCAAAAUUUUCUGUGUUCAUGCUGACCAAGUCCCCUGUAAUAAUGCAAAAGUGUUGUUUACAUUGAAUUUUACUGGAGUAAGAAUUGUUUUAGAAGCUACGUGUGGCAAUUGAUUCCCAUAUGCUGUACUGUUCAAAAUUUUCUGUGUUCAUGCUGACCAAGUCCCCUGUAAUAAUGCAAAAGUGUUGGGCCACCCCACAUUUUAAGAUAGUGAGCAUUGUAUAUAUUUAGGAGAACUGUGCUGUUAAAGAAAGUGGUCAUGCACAGAAACAAAGCUGUUGAAAAGCCUUUACAUGCUGUUAUUAGCAGAGUGAGAUGUCACUGUAUACAUUACGAACAAAUAUAUAUUGAGCAGGUUACUUGGAUUUUUUACUUUUCCUGAGCAGUGCAGUACAUAAUUAAGUGAGCAGUGUCUAGUCAAGCACAGGUUGAAUAACACUGAAGUAAAAGAGCUGUCCUGUUUGUCC